AUGCGCAAGGGCACUGCCGCCCUGAAGCGCCAGCAGGUCGCCCAGCUCCGCCAGCACCAUCGGCAGCUGCUGGCCAACACUCCGGAGCUUGCGCUGGCCUCCACCUCCUCCUCGCGCAUAGCUGCAGCACUGAUCUCCUCGGCGGUGGCAUUGAGCGCCUCAUCCGCGAGCAUUGUAAAUAAUCAUCACCACGGCCAUAUGCAACAACAACAACACCAGCAGCAGCAACAGCAACAACCGCAGAUACGCCAUCAUCCGCACACGCCGCACCAGCAACUGCAGUCGCACCGACACCACCAUCAUCAUCACUCGCACCACCACCAUCACCACCACAGCCACAGCCACAGCCACUCGCAGCACCAUCACCAUCAGUGUCGCUCGAAACGCAAACUGCAGAAAUUGUAUUAUACGCUUUGCCGUUAGAUCUGUAACUUAACUUUAUGAAUGUAUACUUGUAUGAGAGAAAGUUUCUUAGAACCACCCACCAUCACAGGCACCCCUCCCCCCCUGCCCAGCUAGCUUAAGUCGAUUCACCCAAAAGUCAUGUCUAUUUUUUGUAUUUUUGUACAUGUAUUUAUUUAUUCCCAUCUUUGUGUUCGUCCCUUUUACGAAUAUCUCAUUUUUAUGAUUGGCCCAAAAUUGAAACAAAAAUCUCAUCAGUGCAAUAAUACAUAUACACAAACCUUAUAUAUAUAUUUUUAUAUAUAUGAUUUUAUAUUUUAAUCCCAUCUUAUGUAUACAAACACUCCAAGCUAGUUAUUUAUAAUUGGAAUAUAUUUGUGAUUUGCGCACAUUAUUUAUAGCGUGACUCGAGCAAUUUUCGUUUUAAGAACCCAUCCACCCCCAAGGAAUUUAACUAUCACUCGCACUGUCGCCUCCUAAUCAACCUAAUCAAUCUAGACCACAGAAGCCCCACUAAAUCCUAAAAUGAUUAAGUAUUACUUAGCGUUAAUAAGAUAUACCUUAAGUGUCAACUGGCAAGAACCGACAACAAAACAAAUAGUACUUUAUUUAGAGCGAUCGGCAGAUCGAGUUCGAGUUUGUGAGGCGAGAAGACGCGAGAAGAGCAUCUUCCCGUCCAUACCAAGUAGUAUACGUAGUUUUUUCUGAUUGUGCUGGACAAGUCAAAUAAGAAGUACUCAAUGCGAAUAAAGUAAGGUUCGAGAUCGAUAAAUAAUUAUAAUGGCGCGCGUUCCUUAUACUAUAUAUCAACGGGGAGCUUAUUACUGCUUCCGCUUAUUCAACAGACAAGACAGAGAGACACCCGCUAUAACUACAAGUAGCUGGGAUUAAUUACACAAAAUUUCGUACCUUUGUAGAAUUUGCAGUUCAAAAUUGCUUUAAAGUUUGUCAGUGUCAGUGUAAGUUUUACGGCUUAAAAUUCACAGAAACAAGAAAAAUAUAGACAAGAAUCGCGUAAAUUAAAAAAUAAAAACAGUCGCUCUUGCAUAUAUGUAUGUAGAUAUAAAUUGAACAUUAUAAAUGAAAACGCUCCGAAUUUGAAACCAAAAAAAUAUAAAGAAACAACGUUCUAAGAAAGUCAAGCAAAGUAAUCGACUAAAAGAGUUCCCAAUGUAAAUUCUACUGAUUUAUGUGAGUCUGGUAAUAAAACGAUUAAGCAUUAAAA